AUGUCGCCCUCCCAGGUCACACCUCAGCAGCCAGAUGACAUUCUCCCCAAUGAGAAGAGUCAGUAUCGGAUGAUCAAGGAAGCUGGAUUAAACGGCAUGCAUGAUUUCAUGUUAUCCUAUGGAUUGAAACCGUACGAUUUCGAGGACUACGAUGAAGCGAAGGAGAUUUUAGACACCAUGAGACGCGAGCUCGACCCGGAGUAUUGCGAGCUCAGGGGAGCAGAGCCGGUUGAACAAGAAUAUGUGGAUUGGGAUGAAGGACCAAUUCCAUUCUAUCACGACCAGUAUGAAGGCUAUGAGGGAGACCAGAGCCACUACGACUACGAGGACUGCGAGGCAAACAUCAAUGAGCCGCUCCAGAAGUGCUAUGACCAGCCAGACUAUGGAAUGGAUGAUGGGUUCUGUGAUGACUAUUAUGAUUGA